AGCGAGGCUAGCGAGAGCAUUAGGGUGACACAGACGGUCACCUCUGUUGAUAUUCGCUGAGUUUGAGAAUCGGCACUCAUCCCAUCUGCCGCUGUUAUACCGCUCUCGCCAGCAGAUCAUCACAUCCGCCGUGAAGUGCCCGUCGGCCGCCACCACGGGCACAGCAGGCGGCAUCCACAGGCCAGCAGAGGAGAUGAGCGGCCGGCCGGCCGAUGCUGCUCAAUGCCGGCGGCUUCGUCAUGGCGUUCCCUCGGGAUGUGCUGCUGUGCGAGGGGCUGCGGGACACCUGCCUGGCGGUGCUGCUGAACCGCUUCGACAGCUGGAUGAUCACAGACGACAAUCGCAUUCACUUCAUUGACGCAGACCCCUUCUACUUCAUCUGGUGAGGGGGAGGGAGGGAAGCAACACGAUGGCUGACAGGCAGCAGCACUCCCCGUGUGUGUGUUCAGGUUGGCUGUGAAGCUUCGUUACCUGAGCUGCAGCCGCAUCGACGUGAGUGAGAUCAUCGAGGGCUGCCCCGCACUGGCCUUCUACCACGACCGAUUCUUCGCCAAGACGGCCGUCACCAUCGAGCCGCAACACGGUGACCACGACAGCGAGGCGUUCCGGGGCUUCAUGGCCGUCAUGGGGCCGUUCAUCAGCUCAUCGGUGGCGGGCGGGACGGGCGGCAGUGAGGUGCUGAGUGUGCCUGUGGCGGAUGGCGGUGUGGUGGCCACGACCGACGCGACGCUGGCCGACUACAGCAUACUGCACGACCGAUUCAUCAAGUAGGUCUACAGGCGGAGAUGAGAUGGCGUGGUGGUCAUCUUGGGCACCGUGUGUGUGUGUGUGUGUGUGUGUGUGCAGGUAUGGGCCCGUCGCGGAUGUGUCGGCAGACACCUUCCACAAGUAACACACCACAGCAGCAGCCAGGCGACACACGAAAUCUCCAUGUGUGUGUGGUGUGUGCAGGGUGGUGGAUUACGUUCGUCGCAUUUGGUUGGCCCCCGACGCCGCCACGCCGCUGCCGACGAGCAGUUGGCCUGACGAGCUGCUGUAUGCCUGUGACAUGUACGGCCUCAUGGAGCCGGUGUACCUCUCGAUGAUCGGCAAAUCCCACAGCCACAUCAAAUGCCUCUUCAAGUGAAUCACAACACACAUUAGGGGGGACGCAGGAGGGAGAUGCCAUGUGUUGAUUUGGGUGCCUUUGUGUGUCAGGAGUUCGUCUGACGGCGGAGAGUUUGGCACUCUGGUAGAGCGAGUGGCGGGUGUGAGCGGCCUGCUGUUUGUCAUCGAGGACGAGAAGCAGCACACCAUCGCCUGCCACAUCGACGGGCCCCUCAGCCCCCCGGCUGACCCCACAUCAGCACUGCUCACCGGCUGCCCCAUGACCUUCUACUCCAUCAAUGGGCCAUUUGAGGAGGGCGGCAUCGCCAAGAUCACCGUGCCGCCUGGCGACCAGCGGGUGAUGGUCGCCGGCACAGAGGGGGCGGUGAUUGGCACCAAGGGCGGGGCUGGCAAGGUGUCCAUCGGUGGGGGCCGCCUGUGGCUGGGGUAUGGGAAAGGUAGUCCGGGUGGCGACCUGCGCAGCUGCAGUCAUUGGGUGGAGAGGGAUGAGCUGCCCGACGACAAGACGUACGUGGGCACCUUCGACGAGGAGGGACGGGCCACCCUGGCUGCCAGCCACUACUUCACAGCCCAGCGACUGGAGGUCUACCAGGUCAGACCGACACAUCAAGUGGACGAACGUCAUCAUGUCGAUGUGACGUCUGUGUCCAUGUGCGUCUGUGUGUGUGUGUGUCUGUUCAGGUGUGCAGCACUCUCCCGGCCGACCACUUCCUCCCCGCCUAUGACCUGCAGGCCCUCAUCGACACGACCCGCCACAUAGGCAUGACCGCACAGCUGCUCUACAAGUGGGUCAGCCAAAGAUGGGCCGCCGGCAGUGACGUGAUCAUCGUAUCUCUCUCCUGUCUGUCCGGCUGUGUCAGGGGCGAGCGUGACGGCUGGGCCCACACAACCAUGGCGGCCAAGGUGGGCGAGGCGGCCGACCUGCUGAUGCUCUUCAAAGACACCGGCAGCCACACCUUCGCCAGCCACAUCGAGGGACAGCUCAAGCAGCCGGCCGACCCCACUCGAGUGGAGACGACACUCUGCCCCGUGACCCUCUACUCCAUCAGUGGCGCCUUCGAGGAGGGCGGCAUCACCAAGAGCACCGUGCCACAAAACAAGCAGGGUGUAAUAGUAGCCGGCACAGAAGGGGCGGUGAAGGACAGCAAGGGUUGGGCUGGCAAGGUAGCCAUCGGUGGCGGUCGCCUGUGGCUGUGGUUGGGGAUUGGGGAGGAUGGGCGGCCGGCUGGCGACCUCCGCCGCUGCCAUCAGUUGGUGGAGAGGGAUGAGCUGCCCGACGACAAGACGUACGUGGGCAGCAUCAAAGAGGACAGAUGGGCCACCUUAGCUGCCAGCCUCUUCUUCACGUGUGUCGAUUUGGAGAUCUACACACUGCAGGUCAGAGGGGCGGAGGGCGGCACAUGAGUGUUUCCCCUGUGGUGAUUGUGCUGGGCUGUCUCUGUCUCUCUGUGUUCAGGUGCCGGAUGGCUGGCAGUGGCUGAGUGCGGUGGCCGACAUCGUGCUCUCACAAUCGACAUGAGUGGUGAGAGCUGUCUGUCGAGGGGCCGGCGGAGGGAAUGAAUGGGCAAAUUAGCGGCUGUAUUUGUCCAGUCGGCAGGCGUCGGAUGCCCACGGCUAUGCAUCGGAUGUGACGCUGUCCUUAUGCAGCUGCGCCGUGGUGUCACUCGUGUGCCACUCGUGUGCUGCAUGGCUGCCUGCAUUCUGCCCGCUUGAAUAGACAUGCCAUCCAGGGAGAAUCCGUUGAAGGCUGCCACACGAUCGAUGUGCCGUGCCAGGGAGGUCACACAGAGACAGACAGCCUUGCCGACCCUUGCCGACAGGCCCGGUGGCCAGGAGGGCGUUGUUGACAAAUAUAUGGGAAAGACCAUGCAGAAUCGGCGCGUGUGUAUGUGAUGGUCAAUUCGUCACUGU